ACAGAUGCAACGUGCUACUCACAGCAACUGGUCGCACGUUCGUUCUCCCUUUUUUGCUUUUGCGAUACAAAAAUUUUCGUGAAUAAAAAGAAAAGCGAAAAAUACAAAUUUUGCAACAAAAAAAUAGUAAAAAGAACGUAUAAAUAACAACAAAAAACGGGAAAAAGUACGUAACAAAAGAAAAUCGAGGAAAAGUUUUCGGCUUCAUCGGGUUGUCUCGGUAAAAUAUACAAGUGCUUGUGAGUGUUGAAGCAAAUGUGUCGUUUUCGACUAUAAGGAAAAUAAAAAAGAAACGACACAUGGAAGAAAAGUGAAAUAAAAUAAAAUAUAAAGAAAAACGCAGGAAAUCUUCGUCUGUUUCCUUUAUGUGACGAGAGUAUUGUUUAACAUACGUAACCGUGCACAUCUUACUUUGCAACAACUUAACUUUACGCUCCACAAAAGGACCACAACAACAACAACAAUAACUAAAGAAAAAAUUGUAUAAAACAACAACAACCCUAACUAAAAUGUAUUUAAAAGAAAAUCCAACAAAGUGUUAACGGAAAUUAAUCAAACGCCAAAGGAAUAAAAGUAAAAUUGUAAUAUCCGUAAACACACAUACACACACACACUCAAAUAAAAACCUAAAAUGUUGUAUAUGGAGAGUUAAUCAGCAAAAAAAAAGUAUGAGUGAGAGUGAGCGAAUGAGUGAUAAUAUUUAUUUAUUAAUGUUAGUGUGUUUGUGUAAUUCACGUGCUUUUUGUUUUUAUUAAAAUAACGGUAACGCGUGUGUAAUGUAAAAACAACAACAACAACUACAAGAAAAUUAAGUGUAAAUACAAAAAAUUAUAAUUACAAGAGAGGUUUCUUCAAGUAAAGUCUUUAUAGUGACUACAUUUAAACGGUUAAUUAGAGAACUACUAACUGGCUUUGUUAUAAUUGUGUGUUACAGCCUAACGAGAAUCCUGAUUACUAAAGCUACAAUAAAGCAAAAAGUUACAAAAAAAAAAAAUAUUCUGCUAAAAAACAGUUUGCAACAAAAAGAAAAUGUUGUCAAAAGCCAGAUCUACAGUGAACACAGCAAAACUGAAACAAAAUUCUAAAACAGCCAAAUCAACAACAAAUUCAACAGCAAUUUUAACUUUAACAAAUACAACAGCAGUAGCAACAACAUUGACAACAAACCCCACAAUAAGAGCAACAAAAAGAGCAUACUCAACAACAACAGCAGCAACAUCCACAUUUAAUACAACAAGACCAAAUGCAGUAGUAACAGCAACAACAACAACAACAACUGCAACAAAUAGUCGUGUUAUAAAUUAUCAACGUUGUUGUUGGCAUUUUUACUUUGUUGCUAUUGUUGCCUUUUCAUUUGUAUCGUGCAACAACAUGGCAUUCAAGCGGAAAUCUCUUCGGUUUCAGAUAUUUCCGGUGUUCUGUUGGGUGGCAGCAGCAUUGGAGUCGGUGGAGGUGGCGGUGGUGGCAAUGCAGGUUCUGCCAUUAAUGGCGGCAGCAUCAGUGCUUUGUUAAAUAAUUUCGAUGGUGCAGCUUCACAUUGUUCGUCACGUAAAUUCAAUAACAUGGCGAAAACAAUCGAUGAUGUUGAAGAUUUAGAAUUGGACGUGCCAGUGAAUAUUGCAUUCGAUAAUCGUCAAAGGAAAAGAUUUGUAUUACAUUUGAAUUCAUCGGCUCCCUUAAAUAUAAAUUUCUCACAAAUUGUGGCACGUAAAAUAUAUUUUAAUCAAACGGCAAAUUUAUUGCGAGCCGUUAAAAUCGACCAACGUUCUGUGGUCUUGACUUGUGCUCUACGAGGCCAAUAUGAUAUUUUUGUGCAAGCACGCCAUAGAGGUUCUGUAAAAAUAGAGGCUACAGCUUUACAUCCUCAGGCCAAUUGGCCACUAUUGAAUCGUACACAUCGUAUUAGUAUACGUAGUCAAAAUCGUGUAAGAAAACGACAAAUGAUUGUUAAAUGGGAUAAAAGUAAAUUUGAUUUUCAUGCCGUCAAUUAUUGUUUGGUAGUCAGUACGAAAAAUGCUCAUUUGGAUUUCUGUCAAGCGGUUGAGGAGUAUCUAACCUCAAUGUCUUCACCCUUUACAAAUCGCCGCAGUUUAACAGCAAAUUGUCAGCCGGCAGCUACAAUAGAGACGAUAUUUUCUAGACCCCCGGAAAGGGCUAAAAAGAUUGCACCCCACAUAACAAAUGUAAUUUGCACUGGCAGUCGUACUCAACAAUUAAUACGAGGCUUGGCUCCCAACUACAUUUACUAUUUAGAUAUCUUUGGUGUUCAUACGAAACGACAAAAUCUCACAUUUCACAUUGCAUCCUCGACCAUGCACUUUAAUCGCACACACCCAGCCGUUCUGAGAGCUAACAAUUUAAAUAUAGUGAAAAUUUCGGGAAUGCAUGGUGUUCAGGUAUUUAGUUUUAAGAUUCCCUCCUAUGAGCCAAAUCAAAAUUUGCGCUAUUUAGUUUUACCCUGCGGUGGCAGUGAAGUAGAUGCCAAAAUUUUAAAACAACGAAAACUAGUGGGUACCUUUAGUAACAUCUAUAGACCGACCUAUUUAACAAUGUCUCCGGUGAGCGAAGGCGAACGUUAUAUGAUUCGUUUUAAGCCCAGUAAUGAUGAUGAAGUUUUACGAGCAAACAAAGUUGCGCUCGCUGUUACUACAAAUAAAGUAUUUAGUCAAUUACCUGAAUUACCUGAAAAUAUUACCGUGUUCGAAGUACGAACAAGAUGUCGAUCAACAAAAAUCGCCUGGUUUAGCGCACCGGAAAUUCGAACUAUGAGUUACUGCAUAAUUGUGCUAAAUUUACCGCAACGUAAUCGCAGUUCGAUCGAUUAUACAAAUUAUUGUAUGGAUUUUGGCAAACGUAUUAUGAAACAUGAACAAUUUCAUUCGAUAAAAUGUCCUAAAAAAGCUAAAAAUCCCCUACCUUUGGAAACUGAUACUGUGUUCAAUUUAACGCCCGGAGAGACAUAUUUAAUUUAUGUAACUGCCAAUUUAAGUGAAGGUAAACCACUGCCCUAUCAAUCAUUAAAAGUGAAAAUGUUUAAAAAUUGUCCCGAUGAAAAUUUGGGCAUCGAUUCAAGAGAUCCACUUACUUACUACUGAAAAUAGCAUUGAGUUUAAACUCGUGAUUAACUAUUAAAUUUAAAUGAAAUUCCAAAUAAAAAAACUAUAAACUUGCCUAUUUACAUAAAUACAUUUACCAACAUCAAUUAUAUACAUACUUUACAUACAUUAAUUACAUGAAAAUACUACAUUAUAACUACACUUGAUUAUAUAACUAAUUACAACUAAGUUUAAAAAAGCUUUUACCUUAAAAGAAUAAAAAAAGCAUUUUGUUUCUAUUUGUUUCCUUGUAAGCUUUUUUAAAAACAUUAGCAAAAAAAACAUUUUUUCCAUUUGUUUUAAACUAAAAUUUAUUUUUAAAUAUAUUAAGUAAGUAAUAUUAAUAUAACAUUAAUUUUUACUAAGCUUUAAGCUUUUUAAAACUAUAAGUUUUAAUCUUAAGCUUUAAUUAGGUUCGUUUUUUAUAAUUUUCUACUUUAAGUUUAAGAGAAGUAAAACGUAACUAAAACUAUUAAAUCUAAGUUUAUAACAUUUUUAAGUUUUGUAUAUUAUUAAAUAAUUUGCUUUAAAAACUUAAUAAAACUAAAUAUAAUGUUGUAAAU